CAGGUGAGCGCAUAAGCUUUUUCAGAAAAGUUGGGUAGUUGACGAACCGCGUUUGCAAAACGCGCAGAACAAUUUGUCUCAACGCGUGUCCUUCAUUUUCUUUGUAGAAUCGUUUCAAUCAUACAACAUGAAAUUUCAACUGCUUAUUUACCAAGUAGGAACAUAGUCGCUGACUAUUCCACAGGAUGGAGGAUUUUGUCCGUGCCCAGCUUUCUCUUUGGUCCUCCGAACUUAGCUCCGAUGCUUCGGGUGCUUCUCCUGGUGCUACGAGCAUCGUAGACAUCGACAUUUGGACCCAGCUUCUGACGUCUGCGGACGGCGUGCGAUCGUGCGUGUUAGACAUGUUGUUACCGCAUCUACACGAAGCAGAGUCCGCUAGUAAGUCAAGGAGAGUGGACGCAGACCAGUGUUGUAAGUUACUGUUGGCUAGGUUGGAGCCGCAUUGUGAUGGAGAGCGAUGGAAUGGCGAAGUGGCAAGCGCGGAGCGACCCCAGUGGUGGACACAUGCGAGGUAGUAUGGGUCCACUUUGAUGUUCCAUUUUUUACUGACGCCAGAAAAUUUAUGCAAUCACAACGCUGACACACUUUAAAUCAUGAGGUUCUGGUGUAGCUGUGCAGAUUUGUGACAAUAGCUACUAAAAACGUCUACAGGUAUUUUGAAACACCUCUAAAAGCCCAGAGAGACGGAUCUUUCGGUCUGGAUUUAGACGUUGUAGACGGUGUGGGAUUUCGCGUGAGCGCGAAUGAAGGGUCGACUGCCCUUUCUGCUGGAGAUCACAUCAUCGGAGUGGGCGAUGUCACACUUUAUUGCCGCUCUGAAGAUGACAUCGAGG